UACCCGGAUAUUUAUAAAUGCCCGUACGUGUGUCAGAGCUCUUGUCUUCUUCAGGUUUGACUUUGACGCUGAUGCCAUGAGCUUCCAUGGGGGCACCCUGACAAAGCUGAGUGAAGAAAGUCUGACGAAACCGCCAGAAGAAGUCUUCGACAUUCUAGGCAAGAUAGGAGAAGGCUCAUAUGGCGCCGUUUUCAAGGCAAUUCAUCGCGAAUCCGGGCAAUUGUUGGCCAUCAAGACUGUGCCCGUUGAUACAGACCUGCAGGAGAUUAUCAAGGAGAUUAGCAUCAUGCAGCAGUGCGAUUCGCCGUACGUUGUGAAGUACUACGGCAGCUACUUCAAGGACACGGAUCUGUGGAUUGUGAUGGAGUAUUGCGGGGCAGGCUCCGUGUCCGACAUCAUCAAGAGAAGAAACAGACCGCUAUCAGAACCAGAAAUUGCAAUCAUACUCAGCAUGACUCUCAAGGGUCUCGAAUAUCUUCACUUCAAACGGAAAAUUCACAGAGAUAUUAAAGCAGGAAAUAUCCUUCUCAACACUGACGGACAUGCCAAACUAGCAGACUUUGGUGUUGCAGGACAACUGACUGAUACAAUGGCCAAACGCAAUACAGUAAUAGGGACUCCAUUUUGGAUGGCUCCUGAAGUUAUUCAGGAGGUGGGGUAUGAUUGUAUGGCUGACAUUUGGUCUGUGGGCAUCACAGCACUUGAGAUGGCUGAAGGCAAACCACCAUAUGCUGACAUACAUCCUAUGAGGGCAAUUUUUAUGAUACCAACCAAACCUCCUCCAACUCUCAAGGAACCUUCACGUUGGUCUCAUGAAUUCCAAAGUUUUCUCGAAAAAUGUCUUGUUAAAAAUCCUGAAGAGAGAGCAUCAGCAACGGUCUUACUAAAGCAUCCGUUUGUUCGGAAUGCAAAAUCGAUUUCUAUUUUGAAAGGCAUGGUUACCGAGUCUUUGGAAGCAAUGGAAAGUCAAGUGUCAGUGGACAGUGAUGAGGAAGACGAAGUUGUUGAUGAUGAGGAUGACGAUUUGGACACAGGGACAACACGUAUUAAUGGUUCAGACUCGGGUACUAUGAUCACACACAGCAGUGGUGAUUCGUCUUCUGUAAGAACAACUGACAGUGAGAUGGGUACAAUGAUCUCACGUGAUUCAGAUGUCAAUACAAUGGUGGUUAACAGUUCGGAUGAGGAAUUUGUAUCAGACACAAUGCGACGAGUGGACACUCUCCAUCUUGAUAGCAGUGACAAUAAAGAUGAAUAUCGACCGGCAUUUAUGGAUCACUUUGAUCGUAUGGAUGGCAGAAGUAGAUCAACACAAGAGAGUUCGGAUGGUACGGGUCCUAUUCUACGGAAGUCAGGGGCAGGGGCAGGAGCAGGCAUGGCAGCAACAAAAGAUGGGCGUCGGUCUCACACAGAUUUUGAAUAUUUGAGAACGUUGUCUAUCGAAGAGCUUCAGCAGCGGUUGACAAAUCUGGAUCCUGAAAUGGAGAGGGAGCUGGAAGAGUUAAGGCAGCGAUAUCAAGCAAAGAGGAAGCCAAUCCUUGAUGCAGUGAACGCAAAGAAGAAAAAACAGAAACACAAGACGGCGGCUUGAUUGAACAUUUCUUGUAUUAUGUUUGGAGAGUAAGCGACUAGCAAUAGAGAAUAGUGCAGAGUUAGCUUUAAUGAAUGAGUGAUAUUGACGAGGUCGUGAUGUCUGAUCAUUUAGUCAGUUUUCAUGAUUGAUUCACUGGUAUGAAGUGAAUAGAAUUUUCUCAAAGAAACAAGCAGGCUCUGAGACGCAAGAAUGAUAUUUACUAUUGCUACAGUGUACGAUAUUGUGUCUAAAUACUUUAUGUUGUCUAAUUUAAUUAAAUGAUAUUUUGUGUUUUGGGCACGUGUAGCAUCACGUGAUUGUAAUUAAG